AUGGAUUAUUCGACGAUAAGCAACAAAACUAACUUUACAGAAGUGGAAGAACUAACGAACGGAGAAUUGAGUGAACGGUAUUAUUUGCUACGGAAACAAUACGAGAAUUUAUCCAGCAGCUAUGAAACGACAAAACAGGAGCUUCACGAAACCAGACGUAAUUAUCAAACCGCUCUUGAUGUUCAGAGUCAUUUAAAUGCGGAGUUGGAGAGCCUGCAAGUGGAUGAGGAGAAACGGCGAGGUGAUCUCAGUUCUCGCAUCAAUUUGCUGCAGGAGCAGAUAUCAGGACUACGGGAGGAACGCCUGGAGACUGAAACUCGUCAUGCGAAUGAAAUAAAAGAGUUGGAAUCCGAGAUUAGGCGUCUCAAGGAAGAAAAUGCCGUCGUGGACUCUAGGAAGUCACCAGAACGGGACACAGGCGAGCUGGAUGAGAUUCGUUCAGCAUUAUCAAUGGCGUUAACGGAAGCUGCCUCUGUGAAAGCAGCUCUUGAAGAGGCACGUUCAGAAAACGCGUCUUGGCGUUUAAAAGUUGAAGAGUUGAUGUCAGAAAUUGGUGAACACAGAGCAGCUUCAGAGAUACGAAGGGAAGAGCUGAAAGCAGUUGCGGAACGUGAGGCGUUAGCUUUAGCGGACUUAGCUGAGGCCAGGGCUAUGUUGCAUCAAGCAGACUCGCAGGAUUUACAGCCGCAUGCUGCAAAAGGUAAUUCAAUAUUUGCCGAAGUAGAAGACAAGAGACAGGAAAUGGCCAAGAACUUGAUACAAAUGAAACAGACAAAUUCCAGGUUAAGACGAGACUUGGCAAACAAACAGGCCGAAUUGGAUGCUCUAUUGCAUGAGAAGCAGACAAUAUGGGAGCAACAAGCAGGAGCCGCCGCACAUUACGAUAAGGAAUUGCUUGAUAGCUACUCAGAGCGAAUCACGCAGCUGGAGGGUGUGUGUGAGAAGCAGAGGCGUGAAUUGGCUCGCUGGUUCAAACAAGCAGAGCCCAGCGCGCAUAGCUGGCUACCGGCGCUCCUGGAUCAUCUUAAGAGCGAAUGCGAACAGCUGCGCGCCGAGGUGCUGUCCCGCGGCGCGGCGCAGUUGGCGAGCGCCGCCCAAGUGAGGGAGCUGCGCAGGAAAAUCGCCCUUCUGAGCGGCCAAGCGCCCAAGGCGCCCCCCUCGCCCGACGCCGCCGACAAGGGCGAGAAUCGCGUGCAGCGGGUCCCGCCCACGAGGAGGCCCGCUGCGGACGAUGUCAAGAAGAAAGUCUCCUUCAAC